CGGCUGCGACCCCGCAUCCGCCGCCCCAUUGGCCGACUCGCCCGUUCGGUGCCAAUCCCGCUCCGGAGGCGGGCCCGAACUUCAACAUCCACGCACACAUGCCUCUCGCGUGCCAGUCCGCCACUGACGACGCACGAAAGCCGGAAAACUGGCUACUGUCAAACGCGAGAGUGACCUGGAGUGGUGCGACGUCGCCGACGAGACGUACAGUGAAGACGACUUCAGGAUGGUCGAAACGUCGGCGCAGCCGAGCCAGCGCCCGCUGCUCGGCAGCAUGGUCCUGGGGGAGGGCUUCCGGCCGGUGUUCAAGCGAGGCGCCGCGACGGCCACGACAAGCGCGAGCUCCCUGUUCACGAUCGACAGCAUCCUGGCACCGAGACCUAAGCCGGCGUCGCCGAGGCCGCUGAUGCAACACCCAGGGCUGCAUCUGGGGCACAUCGCCGCCGCCGGCGGCUUCGGCGCGGCGUCGGCGGAUUUUCUGGCUAUGGCAUAUCCCGGACUCUAUCCCGGUUACGUCCAUGCGCUGGCGGCGGCGUCUCAGGCCGCCUCCAUGGCCAAUGGCGGUCACCACCCUCAGCAUCAACCGCCGAAGAGAAAGCGCCGCCACCGUACCAUCUUCAGCGAGGAGCAGCUCGAGCAACUCGAGGCUACAUUCGAACAGACUCACUACCCGGACGUGGUGCUCAGGGAGCAAUUGGCGCUGAAAGUCGACCUGAAGGAGGAGCGAGUGGAGGUCUGGUUCAAAAACCGAAGGGCCAAAUGGAGGAAGCAGAAGCGGGAAGAGCAGGAAAGGAUGAGGAAGAUCCAGGAAGAGGACGUCUGCCGGGCGACCGUCGAGCAGCAGCGUCUCUUGCAGCCGCAGAACUUCAGCGACGAGGACUCUUCAGACCUCGAGGUUGCUUAAAGAGGGGAGGGACGCGAUUUUAUCUAGUCAAUUGUUGCUGUUUUGUAUAAAUGUAUAUUUGGUUCUUUUGUGCUUCUGUGCGAGACGGAGAGAGCUCGGACGAUUUUUUUCGGGUCUUUACGAUUUUACUCAUGUUAGAUCAUGUUAAUUGAGUUUCUUGUAAAUAUUAGGUUAAGCUGAAAACUUAGUUAUGACGAUGUUGUUGUAUUUUAAAUUACGUCAACAGGUUAGAAUUUGAUGCAUGUAAUCAUCAAAGUUAGGCAUCGCUGAAGUGAUGUGGAAUCCACCAGGCAAAUAUUAAAAGUUUUAAAAUUCCUGACUGCAAUAGCGGUGUCGAUAGGACGACAAUGUGGAUCACUUCCGCGAUGCCGAAGUUUGCAAAUCACAUAUUUUAUUUGUUAUUCACUUGUAAACAUCAAUUUACCAACUCACUGUAUUCAACAUGUAUUUUAAACAUUUUAAACUCUUAUAAGUUGAAAUGACUUCUAGAGUUUUUAAUAAUUUAUAAUAGUUAUUUACAAGUGAGAAACAAAUAAUAGCUAUUUAUGUUACUAGUACAUAAUGCAAAGAUUUAUUGAACGCGUCCUUUUAUGGCCGAGCGAGCAAACCGAGCGAGGCUAAUAAAAGGGCAAGUCCAAUAAAAAGCAUUAUGUACAUGUGACAUACAUAGCUUUAUGUUUGACUCAACAGAAAACAAAUUUUUUGAAACUUUUUCAUUCCCAUUUAAAAAUCAUUAAUAAAUUUCAGUAGACAUUGCUGUUGUCACUGUCAUAUGAAUUGUGUUGCAGUCCAAAUUACUUUACAGUCCAAUAAAGUGGAAGAUUAUGGACAGUUGGAAGUGUCAUAAAUGGCAUCGUUAUGAUUGAGUCAAACAUAAAAUAUUGAACAAUACACGCAAGGUAACGGGUUUUUACUGGCUCCAGAAGGUGCUGGUUCACCUGCGGCUCGCCAGUCAUAUCCUUCUGUCCGCCAGUAAAAACCCUUUUACCAUGCUAGUAAUGUUAAAUACUAUAAUAACUGUAAGAUAAAUAUGACAAAAUAAAAAUAUCAUUUUCGUA